AUGGACGGCCGCUCGUCUCAGCACGGAAAGAGAUCGGAGCGACUCAAUAGGACGCCUUAUGCUCGACCUACCCCUACCAAGCCAAAGACAACGCCUGGCGGUGGUACCUUCGGCGUGAUCAAAUCAGUCUUCAGCAACCUGAUCUCCUCUCCUUUCAGUCGCAGUUCACCCUCACUUCCAACCCACGACUCUUUCCCCACCAACCAAUAUCAACGCUCAGAGUCGGGGUCGGAAGACAACUGGGAAGGCGAUGAGCCUGUUCAGAUGAAGGGGCAGGAUGUGUUUUCUCUGGCGGCGGCUGCAGGGAGAGGAGGAGAAGGGUUUGAGGCGAGGCAGGUGGAAUGGAGGACGAAAGGCGAGGUCGCGGGUGGGCGACGGGAAGCUGCGCGAAGAGAUCUUCAGGUCGGAUCAUCGGUCGGCCCCAUGUUGGCGUACCAAAACGGCCAAAUCAUCACCCCCACAACCCCCGUCUUUCCUGGUCACUUUGUCAAGGACGCCGCUCCUCCUUCCCUCCCCCCUUCUCUGGCAACUGUGAGCGAGAAGGUCACGGGUCAAUUGAACGGCCAUGCUAUGCCAAAUGCCAUCGCUGGCCCUAGUACUGUUACGCCCCAAGCCACCUCUGUCAAGACCCCAUCGACUCUACCUGCUCGCUUGCCUCUCCCCGCAUCAUUCACCACACCCUCGCAUCCAUCUGUCAACGGCGAGUCCAGCUCGCAAUACUCCAACGCCCUAGCGACCUUCCUGCAAGAACAUCAAGGGCAAGAGCUUACAGCGCAAGACAAGACUAUUAUUGCGAUGCUCACUGAGCGGAUCACUGGCGCUGGUGCUGCCUCCCCGGCAGGUAGUGAGAGGAGGAGGGGAUGGUUGCCGAACUCGAGCUCUGAUGAUGUGGCGUAUAGGGGUUUGAACCAGUCGACGUCGUCGGGAUUGGGAGGUACGCCGUAUAAGCAAAAGUAUAAGCAAAAGUAUCUUGGUCCGGGCAUGUCGCCUCGAAAGACGCAGACGUCAUCUCCCGCUUCCAGCCGUGUUUUGUCCAAGAGCACCUCGCCAGCUCCUGCCCCCGCACUCGAACCUGCCAGCCUCCCACCUUCCUUCCCCAACCGCCACCUGAUCAACACCGCCCUCCGCUACUCUGCCACCUCCUCCCCUCUCCGCCAUUCACACAAAGCCUCCCCCACCCCCGCCCAGUCUUACCCCGCCAACACUCUCUCCCCCGCCUCCGGCACCAAACGCAAGCCCGAAAGCCCCGCCGACAAGGCUUCCGCCAAAAGGCGCGAAGUCGAAGAGACUGGCAGGCAGAAUGCAGCUGCCAUCAUGCUCUCGCUGAUCGAGCAGACGGAGAAGGAAGCGCCGCAGAGCCAUAUCGAGCCGGUCAGGUGGAACUCGUAUGACCGAGGCGCGCUCAACAAGUCAACGUCGACAACGCCAGGGACGCCUGGGUCGACGUCGGUGUUGGCAAAGUCUACGGGCCCGCCUGCUGUGCCUAAUAGUGUGCCUAGUACGGCGCAUGCGGGGUCGACACCGAGGAAGAAGACGCCGCUGAGGGGUGCGGCGGCGAAGAUGGAGGCGUUUAGGGAGGGGAUGGUGGGGAGUAAGGGGUUGACUACGAUUGAGAGGAUUAAGGGUGUCAAGCCUUGGGAAGCCAAGGGUCUACAGAAGCCACAAGAACCUAGCAAGCAGACAAAGCCAGUCGAGGAGGCUAUUGAAAUCUCGAGCGAUGAAGAUGACGACGAUAUCGAGAUCGUCGAAGAAGCUGCCUCCAAAAAGCAGAUUCCCAAGCCUACUGCAGUCGCCGCUCCCGAGGCUCCCAAGAACAUGUUUGAAUCUGCCCCCUUCACCUUCUCCAGCCCUGCCCUUUCUCUCCCCGCUUUCCCAUCUACGGCUGCCCCUGUUCCGCAGCCAAAGAAGGCUACUGAGGUGUAUGAUUCGCCGCUUAGAAAGAGUAUAAUCGAAGCGCCAAAGAAGGCCGCAGAGCAGGCCAAGGCAUUCUCCUUCUCCACCCCCGCCUCUUUCAACGCCGGCAAACCUGCGCAGGAAGAGGAACCUGCGUUCAAACCUAUCCACAGGUCGGCUUCGCCCAAGAAGACUUCUACCGAGCAAUCAUCGCUCACCCCGAAGGAGGCGGCGCUCAAGAUGGAUAAGGCGGUGUUGCCGUUCUUUACUUUUGUGCCGCCGAGUGUUGGGGGGAGUGGGGAGGUGCCGAAGAACACGACGGAGGAGAAAUGGGAGAAGGCGAAGAGCGAGGCGAAGGGGAAGGAUGUUCAGGCGUUUACUUUUACACUAGACGUUUCGGCUCCUUCUGUUCCCGCCGCCGCCGCUGCUAAACCCAGCUUUGGCGGAUUCACGGGCUUUGGACAGGUCUCUGGCCAGAAGACGGACGAGCCCAAGACCACUUCCGCUGCGCCUACUGCGCCAAGCUUUGGUGGCUUCACCGGCUUUGGACAGGUCUCUGGCGCCAAGAAGGAUGAGCCCAAGAGUACAGGCGGAGGACCGUGGAAGUGCUCGAUGUGUAUGUUGGAGAACCCCGACAGUGCGAAGGAAAAGUGCACGAUUUGCGAGGAACCUAGGCCGAAAGCUGCCGCCCCUGCUCCCGCUGUUCCUGCUAAACCAAGCUUUGGUGGCUUUACCGGCUUUGGACAGGUUUCUGGUACUAAAAAGGAUGCGCCCACGAGCACCGGCGGAGGGCCGUGGAAGUGUUCCAUGUGCAUGCUGGACAACCCCGACAGUGCCAAAGAGAAGUGUACCAUUUGCGAAGAACCCAGACCCAAAGCAGCUGCCGUCCCGGCGCCGACUCCCGCUUCGACAGGGUUUGGAGGGUUUGGAGGGUUUGGGAGUAAGCCUGCGGGGCCUGCGGCGGCUGGAGGAAGCUGGACGUGUGGGAUGUGUAUGCUUCAAAACCCGGAUAGUGCGACUGAAAAGUGCACCAUCUGCGAGGAACCCCGACCAAAGUCGACAUCUACACCUGCUCCUGUUCCUACUCCCGCGCUUGUCGCUGUCCCCACAGUUGCGGCGACGCCUUUCACCGGCUGGGGAGCUGGGACGGGGCCAAAGAAGAGUGAGGGAGGGGAGGGAAAGUGGACGUGUAGCACUUGUAUGUUGGAGAAUCCGGCGAGUGCCACCGAAAAGUGUACGAUUUGUGAGACGCCAAAGUAG